CACAUUGUUUAUCAGGCUUUUAAUAUUUCAUGCAUUUAAACGUCUCAUUUAUUUAGAAAAAGAACACUGAAAACGCCCUUAGAAGUGUUAGAAUUUAUAAAAUUUACAUUAUUUGGAUGUAAUUGAUCUGCAAUUCUUCAAAGUGAUGAAAUCUGUGACAGCGUUCGUGAAAGGCCAUCGUCGGAGCUCUAGCGAUGUGGAAUUCAAGGAAAAGACUAGGCUUGAUGCUAAGGCCGCCAUGAAUAAGACCCUGGCUAAAAUCGCAAACACAGUUGCUGCAAACAAGGAGAAAGUGUUGUCGGAGUUUGAAGGAUUUGAGCAGCUAUUCCACCGCUUCUUGACAGAAACUGGCCCAUCUGUGGACUGGGAAAAGAUUAAACUGCUGGCAGAUGAAGCCAUCAAGCCGUACAAGGAGCUUGCCUCCCCAGACGAUAAGCAGAUACAUGAACUGUUGGACAAGCUGGUUGUGGUCAAGUUGAAUGGAGGGCUGGGAACCAGUAUGGGAUGUAAGGGACCCAAGAGCGCCAUUGCUGUCCGUAAUGAAUUCACCUUUCUGGAUCUCAACGUUCAGCAAAUUGAGACACUGAACCGAAAGUACAACACUGAUGUACCGCUGGUGCUUAUGAACUCAUUCAACACUGACGAGGACACAGAGAAGAUCUUAGCCAGAUACAACCAGGUCCGCGUCAACAUCUUCACUUUUACACAGAGCAGAUUCCCAAGAAUAAACCGAGAAUCUUUGUUACCAAUAGCAACAAACUUUGGACCAGAAAGUGCUGAAGGGUGGUACCCACCAGGCCACGGUGACAUUUACGCCAGCUUCUACAACUCUGGGCUGCUGGAAGAGUUCAUCAAACAAGGGAAGAAGUACAUGUUCAUCUCCAACAUCGACAAUCUCGGGGCCACUGUCGAUCUCAACAUUUUGAAUGGGCUUAUUAACUCAGAGAAGAAGUUGGAGUUUCUGAUGGAAGUUACGGACAAAACUAGGGCUGAUAUUAAGGGAGGUACGCUUGUCGAAUAUGAGGGAAAACUCCGACUUCUUGAGAUUGCCCAGGUUCCGAAAGAUUAUGUUGAUGAAUUCAAAAGUAUUAGCAAGUUUAAGAUCUUCAACACAAACAACUUGUGGGUGAACCUGGACGCCAUCAAGCGAGUGGUUGAGGAUAGAUCGAUACAUAUGGAGAUCAUCGUCAACCCCAAGACCCUCGACAAUGGGGUGAACGUUAUUCAGUUGGAGACAGCUGUGGGAGCCGCCAUCAAGAGCUUUGAUGGCGCAAAGGGUAUCAAUGUUCCAAGGAGUCGUUUCCUGCCUGUGAAGACGACUUCAGACUUGCUGAUCAUCAUGAGCAACUUGUACAGCCUUAGGGCAGGAUCCCUGAAAAUGAAUCCCAAACGAUCCUUCCCAACUGUGCCACUGUGUAAACUCGGCUCACAAUUCAGUAAGGUGAAGGACUUUCUGUACCGGUUUGCCAGUAUCCCGGACAUUCUGGAGCUUGACCAUCUCACUGUGUCUGGGGACGUAACCUUUGGGAAAAACGUCACUCUCAAAGGCACUGUCAUCAUCAUAGCAAACCAUGGUGACAGAAUUGAUAUACCAUCUGGAGCGAUUCUCGAAAACAAGAUUGUUUCCGGCAACCUGCGUAUAUUGGAUCAUUAAAUCGACUUACAGUAUGAGAUAUAAGAAUGAAAUGUAGAUGCAGCUAAACAGAAUUCUCCUUGGAUUGUGAAGUCUCUCUUGUAUGGUUGUGUUUAUUAAAUCAAUCUGUUAUUAGUAUUAUGACAUUGUGUGGAAUCAAAUACUGAGGGUUUUCUAUGCAUGCAUGACAGUCUAAGUGUGUGUUUGCUUUGUGUAAUAUGCUUAUCGUGAUGUUUUUUAUGUGACAAUUAUUUUAUAAGUUUUUCUUAACACACAUGCUUUAUCAUGUAGAUAAUUAUGUUAAGUAUCACAUUUAAUAUUAACUUUGAAGUGCUGAUUUCUGUUCAUAAAAGGGCAUUAAAUUUUAGAUGUAAAUAUUUUCAUGAUUUAGUGUCCAUGCUUGUGGUAUAUUAUGCGGCAAUACUUUUUAGCGACCAUAUUUUUUGGACUGCCUACUUGUUGGAGAAAAUCUGUUUCAUUUCUUGAUGUUCCUUCACCUAUCACAUAAGGCUUGUCUGCACCUACUGGUGUUUGUUGUUUACUACAAAAAAUCUCUUACACAAAGUUCAGCUUGUGCCAUUGUAUUCUGGUAUAUUUAUAUUAACUUAACUGUUUUGUUGUUUUAAACAUUUACAUAUAAUAUAAUAAAUUGUUUUGAUUAUUAAUGAUUUUAAGGGGGACAAUAAAUAAAGAUAAAGUGA